AUGAACUACAUGCACUCUAGGAAGUGAAGAGCACAUGACAUGGUGACUUGUCAAACAUGUCAUACAACCUCUCACAUCACCGGCACGUAGCAUUUUGUUAGCUUGCAAGCUUCUUUUAUCAUUUGGGUGGAUUUCGCGCGCAUGUUUCAUUGAUAUAAUUUGUGUUUGAAGUAACGGUAGAGAUGGACUCUUCAUUCCCGAGUGUUUCCGAGCUGGUGGCGGCUGCUCGGCGUUUGUACGGGCAGGUGUUCGGUGAAGAGGCUCCUCAGACGGCGGUGUGUGCUCCUGGAAGAGUCAACCUGAUAGGGGAGCACACUGACUACAACCAGGGAUUUGUACUUCCAAUGGCGCUGCCCCUGGUGACUGUAGUGGUAGGUCGUCAAACCUCAGGCCUGGAUGUUACCAUAGUAACAGCAACAGAGGAUGCUGAUGAGCCUCGGAGGGUGGACUUCAGCCUGCCCAGUGAUGGAUCGCCACUGUCUCCAGGGUUACCCACCUGGGCAAACUAUGUGAAGGGUGUUAUACAGCAUUACAGAGCUCCUCCUGUCCCAGGGUUCAGGGCGGUGAUUGCCAGCAGUGUCCCCCUGGGUGGAGGUCUGUCCAGCUCUGCCUCUCUGGAGGUGGCUUUCUACACAUUCCUGCAGCAACUGAAGCCAGAUGACGGAGACAAGGUAUCCAAAGCAGUGGCCUGUCAGAAGGCAGAACACACUCAUGCUGGUGUACCCUGUGGCAUUAUGGAUCAGUUUGUGUCUGUCCUCGGCAGAGAGGGCCAUGCUUUGCUCAUUGACUGCAGGUCCCUGGAGGCCACCCCUGUCCCUCUUUCAGAUCCAGGCCUGGUCAUUCUCAUCACCAACUCCAAUGUGAAGCACUCUCUGACCGGCAGUGAGUACCCCACGAGACGCAGACAGUGUGAGGAGGCUGCCUCCAUCCUGGGAAAGGACAGUCUUAGAGAUGCAACGAUGAAGGACCUGGAGGAGGCAAAGGACAAACUGGAUGAUGUAACCUAUCGAAGAGCUCGUCACGUGAUCGAGGAGAUAGAAAGAACUGCACAAGCUGCUGAAGCCUUGAAGAGAGGAGCCUACAAAGAGUUUGGCAAGCUGAUGGUGGAGAGCCACAACUCCCUCAGGGACCUGUAUGAGGUGAGCUGCAGGGAGCUGGAUGAGCUGGUGUCUGCAGCCAUGGAGGUGGAGGGGGUGUUUGGCAGUCGGAUGACCGGUGGAGGAUUCGGUGGAUGCACCGUCACUAUGCUGCAGGCCCACGCUAUUGACAGGACUAUACUCCACAUACAGAGCACAAGGAUCCUUAUCCUCCCAAUAACAACAUCAGAGAAUUUACAGGAUCACAGAAACCGCAGCUUUGCCUCCAAGAUGCUGAACCUCAACUCACCGGACGACAACAGCAACAGGAACUCCCUCCAGGACCCAGUGUCAUUGAACGUCGGUGGAGAAAUUUACACAACAACCCUGGACACUCUGACACGCUGUCGGGACUCGAUGCUGGGCGCUAUGUUCACCGGACAAAUCCCCCUGCUCAGAGAUAACAGAGGGAAUGUUUUCAUAGACCGUGACGGGAAAGUGUUCAGGUACAUUCUGAAUUACCUGCGCUCCAGCUCCCUGGACCUGCCGGAUGGCUUCUCGGAGCUGGCGCUGCUGCGGAGAGAGGUGGAUUUCUUCCAGAUACGCCCCCUGCUGGACGAGAUUUGUCGGUAUGAGGCAUCGGUGCCUCUCAGCUUGAGAGGAGGGCCGCUCGGAGCCAUGAUUAUGGUGAAUGUUCAUUCUAAGAACAUUUUUGUGAAUUAA